AUGCCCGGCUCCAGGCAUCUUGCCGAAAUCCACCCACCGAAAUGCGUUCGCCGGGAAGCCCUCCCCCUUGCCCUAAACAUACACAGCUGCACCCUUUGCUCCCGCAGCCAUUUCACCACCAUCGCCUUCUUUGCGGCAGCGGCGGGGCUUUUGCCUCUUUGCCUUAUAUAUUUCCUGACCUCGCUAUCUUCUCAUAAAUUCAGUAUCAUUAUUGAUGGCGGAAGCACUGGCACGCGUAUUCACUUAUUCGGGUACAAAAGAGGUUGGGGAGGGAUUUCGGCGAUCGAUUUUGGACUGACAGCUUCGAUGAAGGUGGUUCCAGGGCUUUCCGCCUUCGCCGAAAAUCCAGAGGUUGUUGUAGAAUCAUUGAAGGAGCUGUUAUAUUUCGUGAAGGAUAAAGUGCCAAAGAAUCUGUGGGGGGAGACGGAGGUCAGGCUGAUGGCCACCGCAGGUUUGCGAUUGCUUGAUUUUGAUCAGGCGGAGGGGAUUUUAAAAUCUUGCAGGAGCGCUCUCAGAGAGUCUAGAUUCAAGUUUCAGGAUGGCUGGGCGACCGUGAUCUCAGGAGCUGUAUAUGCAUGGAUUGCUGCUAAUUAUGCUCUUGGUACUCUUGGAAAAGCACCUCAGGAAACCACUGGGAUAGUUGAACUUGGUGGCGCUUCUGCUCAGAUAACAUUUGUUCCCAGCGAACCAAUGCCUCCAGAGUUCUCUCUUGUGAUUAAAUUUGGACAGGUCACAUAUAAUCUCUACAGCCACAGCUUCCUUCAUCUUGGGCAGAACACAGCGUAUGAAUAUUUGCACCGACUGCCUAGUUCAAGAGACUAUAAAGCGUCUGCAGAAGCUUAUUUUGAGGGUGUAUAUAUUGAUCCUUGUACUCCGAAAGGUUAUUGGUUUGGUGCGGAACAACCAAACCUCUCUGCUUAUGCACUUAAUGAGAACAUAGAUUACAACAGGCUCCCUCAUGCAUUUAGCAACUUCUCUUAAUGUCGAUUGGCUGCAUUGAUGUUAUUACGGAAGGAAAAAGAUAGAUGCUCAUAUAAGAACUGCCACAUCGGUUCAACUUUUGUUCCGAAGCUUCAAGGGAAACUCAUAGCAACAGAGAAUUUCUUCCAUACAUCAAAGUUCUUUGGAUUGGGUCCUUCAUCAUAUCUUUCUGAUUUGACGCUGGCUGGAGAACAAUUCUGUGAAAAAGAUUGGUCAAAACUGAGGAGAAAGUAUCAUGCCAUAGAGGAGGAGGAUUUGUUGCGGUACUGUUUCUCUUCAGCCUAUAUUGUGGCCCUGUUACAUGACAGUCUUGGCAUUGCCAUGAAUGACAGCGGGUAAUGCUUUUAUGUUGGAUGUAAAAAUAUGAUUUUUUUAGGAGUUAAAGCAUAUUAAACUAAUGGAUGGAAACUA